AUGACCUUCCGCAUCAGGCAAGGACUCAUCACUGGUUGUUCUUCCGGUAUAGGUAAAGCCCUGGCUUUCACCAUUGCCUCCAGAUCGUCUCACAACCUUGUCGCUACCGCUCGAAACCCAAACGAUCUCGCCUAUCUCCCCGACGACAGCCCAAAGAUCCUUAAAUUGCAACUCGACGUCACUUCUCCUGAUAAUGUCAGUCUUGUCCUGGACAGAGCUGUUCAAAAGUUCGGUACCGUCGAUGUGCUCGUCAACAGCGCAGGCUAUGCAUUGUCUGGAGACACCGAGUCCGCUACCGAAUCCGAGGCUCACGAGAUCAUGGAGACAAACUUCUUCGGCACUGUGAGGACAACGCUUGCUGCCCUUCCAACCAUGCGCAGUGGCGGAAGAGGUGGACUGGUGAUGAACAUAUCCUCCGUCGCUGGAGUUUGUGCUUUUCCCGGUCAUGCAUUCUAUCACGCGUCUAAACACGCAGUUGAAGGCUGGACAGAGAGUGUUGCUAAGGAGAUGGACUCAGAUUGGGGUAUUUCUUUUUGCAUCGUCGAGCCUGCUGCAGUCAAGACCAAUUUUGAAGGCCACUCUAAGAAGAACACUGCACCGCACUCUGCGUACGCAGAUCCCAAGAUGCCUGCCAGGAUGUUGCAGAAGUACGUUGAUGCCGGGUUGAAACAGGGUGUUGGUAUGGAGCCAGCGGACGUUGCGAGGGUGCUAUAUGAGGUGGCAUGUAGGGGGGAGAAGGUGCCCUUGCAUUUGCCAUUGAGCGUGAACGCUCUAAAAUUGAUCAAAGGGGCUUUUGAGGAGAAGCUGAAGAAGCUGGAGGAGAGCAAAGGGGUCAGUGAGAGUCUCAGUUGA